GAUAUUGUACAGUCUGAAUAGAAAAUCGUUUUUUUGGUCUCCAAUCUUCCAUAUUAUCCAUAUGUGUGGUUAAUUCUUCUGGCUGUCCACGUAUCUAUCCGAAAAUUGCAUUCCAAUAACAGUAAUCGUGCGUCAAUUAUAAUAUCCUUUCUUUUUUCUUGUAAAUUUUUGGGAUUAACGCGCACGCGUACUAUGACUUGUUGCGACGCAGCAUUGCCACAUUUCGUUUCUGGACGAAUUGUCAAAGGUUUUGGCAGGGGAUCGGAAGCCCUUGGUAUACCAACAGCCAAUUUUUCUGAGGAUGUCGUCGAAAAAUUACCGGAAAAUUUAGCGCCCGGUAUUUAUUACGGCUGGACUUCGGUCGACGAUCAAGUCUACAAAGGAGUCUUGAGUAUAGGCUGGAAUCCUUUUUACAAAAAUGAAAAAAAAUCAAUGGAAACUCAUAUUCUUCACAAUUUUCAUGGACCUCUGCAUGGCAAAGAACUUAGAGUCGUUAUAACGGGUUUCAUAAGACCGGAAAAAGACUUUUCGUCCGUUGACGAAUUGAUCAAGGAAAUAACCAACGACAUUGAAAUUGCUAAGAAUCGUCUAGAAGAGCCAGAAAUGUUCAAAUACAAAGAUCACGAAUUUCUUAAGGGGAAAAAAGAAGCGAGUUAAUCCUGAAAUUGAAUAUAUGAGCUCAAAAAAACAAUAAUGUAAGAAUCCAAGUGAAAAAACAAUUCCCCAAAGAAUAGUAAAUUGAAUCGAUUAUCGAGUAAUCGGAAAAUAUUAAUAAAGUUCUAUUGUGACGUAAUAAUAAAUUGGCCGCAGAUUCGAGGAUAUGUCGCGAGGUCACGCACAAGGACAGCACAGUUUGUUUUUUUCUGAAUAACAUAAUUUGCAGUGUAAUCAUAAUUAUGCAAAAAUCGAAAAGUUUGUAAUAUAACACUUCGAAUCAUGUGGCAUCCA